CGUGCUGCCGUUGGGGCAAUCACGUGACUCGCUGCGGGCAAGAUGGCGGCGGCCAGCGGGCGGCGUGAGCAGUGCUGAGCGCGGGGGGCUCCGUCUCUGAGUGGGGAACAGGCGGGCCCAGGGCCCCUCCCCGCCAUGUCGCGUCUCAUCGUGAAGAACCUGCCGAGCGGGAUGAAGGAGGAUCGCUUCCGGAAGCUGUUUGCAGCCUUUGGCACGCUGACUGAUUGCAGCCUGAAAUUCACCAAGGAUGGCAAGUUCCGCAAGUUUGGAUUUAUCGGCUUUAAGUCCGAAGAUGAAGCCAAAAUGGCAAUGAAUCAUUUCAACAAGAGUUUCAUAGACAUGGCCAGAAUAACGGUAGAGUUCUGUAAAUCAUUCGGUGACCCAUCGAAACCCAGAGCUUGGAGCAAAUACUCCCAGAAGCCUUCUGCACCAGAGAAACCCACCGAUAAGCCCAAAACAAGUUCAGCUCCCACAGAGACAAAGAAAGAUAAAAAGAAGAAAAAUACAACAGGAAACUUAAAAGAGCUGGAAGGAGAUGAGGCAUUCAGAGAAUUUUUGGUGGUUCAUCAAAAACGGACGCAAGUGGCCACAUGGGCUAAUGACACGUUGGUGGAGGAGCCCAAGACAGGGAAAUCAAAGCCGGCAGAUGACUAUCUGAACUUCGAUUCGAAUGAGUCAGAGGAGCUCAGCGAAGAGGAGGAGUGCAGGAGCAAAUGCCACGAGGAGCAAGAAAACACAGGCACCAAAAUAAAGAAGAGCCCCAGAGAAAAGGCAGCUGCCAGGCCAGAGCUCUCUGAUAUGGACUACCUGAAAUCUAAAGUGGUGAAAGAUUCCUCGUCUUCCUCAUCCGAGGAGGAGAGUGAGGAGGACCAGCUGGACAGCGAGCAGUGUGAAGGGGGAAGCGAGGAUGAGGAGAAGCCCAGCAGCUUGGAAACUAUCGGUGCCCAGGUGCAAAAAGGGGCAGAGCUGGCAGGACAUAGCAAAGGGCAGGGGACAGUGGUGGAGAGGAAGAAGACGAAAGGAGCAAAAUUGGAGCUGAAGAAUGGGGCCAACCCUAAUGCAGCUACCACGCCGUAUACAGUGAAACUGCGUGGUGCCCCUUUCAGUGUUACUGAGCAAAACGUUCGAGAAUUCUUCUUGCCCUUGAAGCCAGUGGCGAUCAGGAUUGCAAGAAACGUACAUGGGAAUAAGACAGGUUACGUCUUCGUUGAUUUCAGUGGCGAGGAAGAAGUACAGAAAGCCUUGAAACAAAACAAGGAAUACAUGGGUGGGCGCUACAUUGAGGUGUUCCGAGAGGAGCGUGGGCUGAAGAUGAAGCUCACCCGGAAGGGUGAAGACCAGCCCUGGCAAAGGAGGAAGAAGGACGAUGAGGAAGAGGAGGACCUCUCUGAGUCAGGAAGGCUCUUUGUCAGGAAUCUCCCUUACACUAGCACUGAGGAGGACUUGGAGCAAAUAUUUUCCAAAUAUGGUCCCCUGUCAGAGAUCCAUUUCCCCAUAGACAGUCUGACCAAGAAACCCAAGGGAUUUGCCUUCAUCACCUACAUGAUCCCUGAGCAUGCUGUGAAGGCCUUCGCAGAAGUGGAUGGGCAGGUGUUUCAGGGCAGGAUGCUGCAUGUGUUACCCUCCACCAUAAAGAAAGAAGAAGGGGAGAACCUAGAUGCUGAAGGAUCCUCUUCCUACAAGAAGCAGAAGGAGUCCAAGGACAAAGCAAACAGUGCCAGCUCUCACAACUGGAACGCACUGUUCAUGGGCACGAACGCUGUGGCGGAUGCAAUCGCACAGAAGUACAAUGCCACCAAGAGCCAAGUGCUUGAUCAUGAAGGCAAAGGCAGCGUGGCCGUGAGGGUAGCUCUGGGCGAAACCCAGCUAGUCCAGGACGUCCGCCAGUUCCUGAUCGACAAUGGAGUCAGCCUGGAUUCCUUCAGUCAGGCUGCUGGAGAGCGGAGUAAAACUGUGAUCCUAGUUAAGAAUCUCCCUGCCGGCACUAAAGUGGUGGAGCUGGAGGAGGUCUUUGGCCCAUAUGGCAGCCUCGGGCGAGUGCUGCUCCCGGAAGGAGGGAUCACGGCCAUUGUGGAAUUCUUGGAGCCCACGGAGGCCAAGCGAGCCUUCACCAAGCUGGCCUACUCCAAGUUUCAGCACGUCCCUCUGUAUCUCGAGUGGGCUCCCAUGGGUGUCUUUUCCUGCCCACCCCCUGAGAAGAAGCAGGCUGAGAUUCCAGAAGAGGAAGGAGAAGCAAGGCUGGGAACUGCUAGUGAUGAAACUGAGGAAACUAAAAAGGGCUCAGAAGAAAUAGAUGAAGAGGAGGAGGAGGAGGAGGAGAGUGUUCCAGGAUGUACACUGUUCAUCAAAAACCUCAACUUUGCCACCACAGAAGAUACGCUGAAGGAGACGUUUUCCAAAGUGGGAGCUGUGAAGAGCUGCACGAUCUCAAAGAAGAAAGACAAAGCAGGCACUUUACUUCCUAUGGGCUUUGGAUUUGUGGAGUAUAAGAAACCAGAGCAUGCUCAGAAAGCCCUCCGACAGCUCCAGGGUUGCUCAGUAGAUGGCCAUCAGCUGGAUGUGAAGAUCUCUGAAAGGGCCAUAAAGCCCACUGUGACACCAUCCCGCAAAAAACAAACACUCAAGAAGCAAAAGAGCUCCAAGAUUUUGGUCCGAAAUAUCCCAUUCCAGGCAACCGUGAGGGAAAUCAGAGAGCUGUUCAGCACCUUUGGAGAGCUGAAGACCGUCCGCCUGCCAAAGAAAAUGGCCGGGACAGGAUCUCACCGUGGCUUUGGAUUUGUGGAUUUCCUCACCAAACAGGAUGCCAAGAAAGCCUUCAGCGCCCUGUGCCACAGCACACACUUGUAUGGCAGGAGGCUGGUCUUGGAGUGGGCUGACACGGAGGAAACAGUGGAGGCCCUGAGACGGAAAACAGCCGAGCAUUUUCACGAUUCCCCGAAGAAGAAGCAGCGUGCUGUGGCUUUGGACGAAAUCCUCGAGCAGCUGGAGGAGGACAGGGAUGACGAUGCGGGCGACUAGCAGACUCAUCAGCUGCUGUUUGGUGUCUGAGGGAACCGUCUGCUGAGCUCCAGGGGCUGAAAGACCCUCGAUAAAUCCAAGUUCCUGCAAUGCUUGUUCCUGCCUGGGCUGUCCUGCUAUACAGCAGGUGCGUUCUGGCUGGUGCAGUUGGACGGCACUCAGGCACUUCAAUGAGGCUUUCUGUGUAGCAGCCAUUAUAUUUUAAAAUCAUUUUUCUUCUUCCCCCACUCCACACAUUUUAAAAACUUUAAAAAGAGGGGGAGGCACCCUAAGGACUUCUAGCAGAUCCAAACCCCUAAAACAAAGGGUGUUCAUGGGGGGGGAGCACAAACACCCCUAGAGGUUUUGUCCCCACUUGCGUAACUCUUGCUGCACUUGCCAGCUCAGGAAUAGUCCUGCAGCUUCUGCUCUUUGCCCCACCCCACUGUGCCCCAGUGCAGCAAAGCGUUUGAAAAUGUGCUUAUCUUUAAGGGGGACGGCAUUUUCAAAGGUGCCUGUGCACAUUCGGCACCCAACUCUGGCUGGCUUUGAAUGGGAUUUGGGCAGCUAAACUCCCUCCGGGCCCUUGGAAAAUCUCCGGCCUGUGUGCCUAAAUCCUGUUGAUUUCAGCAGGCCUUAAAUACGUGUGUCGAGUUAAGCAGGCACUUAAGAGCUUUGCUGAAUCAGGGCCUAACGGGGGCAUUGCCUUCCCUCAGCCCUGUUGGAGCGCAGUAGGAUGGCAUAUAAAAACGUGAUCAUCUGCCAAAUCUGUGCUUUCAUUCUGCUGCACGCCCCCCCCCCCCUCGUGCCUGGGCAUAGGGGGAGCACCUUAUAGGCAGAAAUGCCCUAGGCCCCGUCCCCACUCCACCCUGUUCCCCAAGAUUCCCCCUCAUUCCUCCCCCUCCGUCAAGGCCCUGCCCGUGCUCCACCUCUUCCCACUCCUGCUCCUCAUCCUCCUUGAGGCCCCUGCCCACUCACUGCUCUCUGCCCUCCCCCAAGCCCCCACAGCUGUUUGGCGGCAUCUCCCAUCAGCUAAUCAGGGGCCCCGCCAAACAGCUGAUUGGGGGUGCUGCCAAACAGUUGUGGCUGGUGGGUGUUGAGCACCCACCUUUUUUCCCCCACGGGUGCUCCAGCCCUACAGCACCCACAGACUUGGCACCUAUGGACAUGGGAGAUGCCUGUAAUAUUUCAUGAAUUUUAUAUGUUCCAUCUGUCUGAUUGAUUGUUAUGAUAGUACUUGCCGUAGGGUUACGAAGGGUUAAUGCCCUCCUGUCCAGGAGACAGUUAGCUUCACGGUGCCCUGCUUACCAAUACUUAAAGGACAGUGCAAGGGUCUUUCCCCUUAGAGUUUACCUUGGUCCAUGUUGAGGCCACCUGGCUGGCAAGCAGGGGUGUAAUCUCGGGGGGCUUCCAGGCAGGCAACUGCAGAACUUUGGAAAGGAAGAGAAGCACAGGGGGAGACAGGCAAGUUACAGGACUGCCAACCCCAAAUGUUCCAAAAUCAUGAGUCAGGCUCACCACCAAUCACAAGAUUGGCUUUAAAAUUGUGAGAGUAGGUAAAAAUACUAGAUUUGUUGUUUUUUUUUAAUUUGCCUUCUGCUUUUUGAGCCUCUAGGGUGCACUGAGGUCACAUUUUGAUGCUUUCUCCACAGCUCCGAGGGCCAGAAGCUUACUGUUUCUCUAAGAAUCAAGGCUGAAAUCAUCACAUCUCCACGUGACUCCAGGAGCUGGGGCUUUAAGGAAAACAAUGAUUAUCCUGAGACCCAUGACAGGGUCAUGAGAGUUGGUAACAACUGAAGUUCUGUCUUCACUGCAAAAAAAACUGAAGACGUGUUCUUGGUUUGGGUUAAAAUAGCAGUCAAGACACAGCAAUUUGGGUUUAAACUAGGAUGACCAGAUAGGAAGAGUGAAAAAUGGGGAUGGGAGGAGUUGAGUUGAGCUCCUAAUGUAUUUACAAGCCAAGUUGCUGUGUCUUCAUUGCUGUUUUAACCCAAAUUAGGAACACACCUUGUUUUGCAGUGCAGACAUACUUGCAGGGAAGCAGUCUGAGCCCCAGUCCCUGGAGGUGGGGGUGUCUGGGAUAAGCUAGGCCUCCCUAAGCAUCUCGGUAAGAUACAGAUGUGCUUAGACCUUCCAUUGUGUUAAGAACCCUGUGCUCUGUUGAUGCUUUGUUCCUACUUUUGAAAUUAAAAAUACUUUAUUCUGAAAAGUUUGCUUUGAGGUCCCCGUGCUCACUCCAGCUCCUGAAGGGAAAGCCUGCAGGUCACUAGACCCAGUUGAUCCUGCUGAGCAAUCACAGCUGAUGCCCAGGGAAUUACAGCAGAGACUGGUCUGAGAAUGGGGUAAUCAUGGUUUUGCCCCUUGUAUAGUUACAGGCAAAGGGCCUAACAGCUGAGUGGGGUGUGUUCAGUGAGAUUGGAAGCAGGGGUCCAAGGGGCAGCUAGCCCUGUAUCUGUGACAUAGAACAAGACGCAUAUAACAGAUUCUCAAUUCACUGGCAAUUCCGAAAAAUCAGAAGAGAAAAAUCAUUUGUGGUUAAACCAAAAACUAUUUUUUUCAAAAGUUUUGGAGAAUCAAACAGUCUGGAAGAAAAAUUGCUUGAAGUCAAACAAAACAUGUGAGUUCGGUGUUGAGCAUUUGUAACCAGGUUUGAUGGCUUUUAUUAAAAAAUUUAACAGAG